GGUUGUCUUCAUAACUUCACUUUAUACUCAUCAUUCAGUUCCAUUUUCCCCACUUCCAUAUUUGCAGACUUGGUUCUCAAGAGAACUCAACUAGUAAUGAAAGGUGAACGCCACUUCAAGGAAAGCGAGACCCUUGAUCGCCUUCCCCUUACAAAUCCAGAGCAGUUCAAGCAACCUGUUAUUGAUCCCAGUCGAAGAUAUCAUAAGGUUAAAAAAAUGGGACAGCUCUCUCCAGCGAAUAGUUUGAGUCAUAGGCCAAAGAUAGGCAAGAGAAUUCUUAUUAAAUCGAGGGACAUAGGAAAUGGCUCUUCAAUUACUUUCUUUAUCUUCAUUGUCAUCUUUUUUUUUUAA